UUCAGGAGUUUUUUGCAGCACUGUAUGUGUUUUACUGUUAUUUACGCAAGAACAGUGAGGUUCUGAAAAUGUUCCCGACAGGAAAGUCCAGAACUCAGUGUGAGGAUGUUCCUCUGGAUGUGUUUCUGAAGGGAGUAAUGAAUAAAGCCUUGAAGAGUAAAACUGGACACCUGGAUCUUUUCCUUCGAUUUCUUCAUGGCGUCUCACUGGAGUCCAAUCAGAGACUCUUACAGGAUGUGCUGAUACACACAGAGAACAACCCAGAGAGUGUCAAAAAAAUAGUACAAAACAUCAGACGAGGUCAAAAAAGCAAUGUCAGUCCUGAAAGAUGGAUGAAUCUGUCACACUGCUUGAUUGAGAUGAAGAAUUAUUCUGUUGUUGAAGAAAUGCAGGCGUUUUUAAAAUCUGACACGAAAGGAAAAAAGCUUUCUCUUGCACAAUGCUCUACUUUGGCAAACAUGAUCCUGAUGUCAGAGGAGGUGCUGGAUGAGUUAGACUUUAAUAAGUACAACAUCAAAUCAAAAGAGGGCAGAAGAAGACUGGUACCUGCUGUGAGGAACUGCAGAAAAGCUGUAUUGACAGACUGUAAUCUCACUGAUCAGCACUGUGAAAUUGUGGCUUCUGCUCUACAAUCAUCAAACUCCCCUCUGAGAGAGCUGGACCUGAGUAACAAUCACCUGCAGGAUUCAGGAGGGAGGCUGCUCUCUAUUGGUCUGAAGAGUCCAAACUGUCAACUCAACAUACUGAGAUUAUCCGGCUGUUUGGUGAAAGAGGAAGGUUGCACUGCUCUGGCAUCAGCUCUGAGUUCAAACCUUUCACAUCUGAGAGAGCUGGACCUGAGUAACAAUGACCUGCAGGAUUCAGGAGUGAAGCUGCUCUCCACUGGACUAAGGAGACCAAAUCAACUCAACAUACUAAGAUUAUCUGGCUGUAUGGUGACAGAAGAAGGUUGCGCUGCUCUGGCAUCAGCUCUGAGUUCAAACCCCUCACACCUGAGAGAGCUGGAUCUGAGCUACAAUCACCCAGGAGAUUCAGGAGAGAAAGUGCUCUCUGAUACACUCAAACAUCUGGACAAACUCAAUGUGGAUCAUGGAGGAGAGUUCAGGAUCCCAUCAGUGUAAGUCCACAAA